AUGGAGAGGUCUAGAUGUGAUUAUUCACAAUCUCAUUAUGAUCGACCAUUAGGUGCUGCUAUAACACAAACAUGUAAACCUGAAACAUCAGCUUGUUUUGAAGAAACAUCACCUUGUAUUCAAAGUGAUUUCGUAUUUGUUCAUCAUCCUCGAACUCUUGCGUUUGGUCGAAGAGUCAGACAAGAUCAUUUCGAUGUCUGUCAUCCAACUUAUUCGUAUGGCUCAUGCAGUUGUUUCACACCUGUGUCAUAUGAACCGAUGUGUCAUUGUGGUUCAAGUUGUUACUGUGAUAAUAUGGGAAUGAUAACCUAUCGAGAUCAACGAUGUCGACCUGCUCAUGCUACGUUUACAUGUCUUAAGGAAUCAGUAACAAUUAUUCCACGAAUAUGCAUACGGUCUCGCCCUUCAUCUUGUUGUGAUGCACGAAAAACAGAAAAAAUAAUCACUCGAGAUUCUUAUCGGUAUGAACAUCAAAAAGGACCGAAAAGUUCUACAACUCAAGAUCUUCAAACAACUGCAAAUGGUAUUCGUCAAGAUUUUAAAUCUGCUCUUGAUAAAUAUAAUAAAUAUUAA